GGCUCGCGCUCCUCCGGACGCUCCCGGCAGCGCCUGCAUCUUCCUGCCUGGGGGGCUUGACGUGGAAGAGCCGUGGCUCCCCGGCCCCCAGUGUCCUUGAAGUCCGCUCGUGGCUCCCACCACCUUCCCCCCAAAACCAGUGUCUGCAAAGGCCCCCAACAUGAAGAGGAACGCGGAGAGCGCUGCUCCGCGGAGCCCCGGUCCUGACAACGAAGCCCUGCUUUUGAGGCAGAAGCAGAAAUUGCUGCAGGCCCGAGAGGAAGAUCAGCCGCUGCAGAGAGGACAGGACCUCGAGCAGCCGCAGAGCCAGCUGCUGUGGCGCUUGGCCGAGGAGUUGAAGGCAGGGUGGCGGGAGGCCCCAGACCAGCGAGGCCGAGGCCUGGAGAGGCUGUGCGUAGCCUGUCUGUCGGGGCUCGGGGGCGGAUGGGCCGAGGACCGUGCCCCUGACUCGGAGGGCUCGGCCCCGCACAGGGCAGCCGGGCCGCCCAGGGCCAGGAGGAAGCACAGAGCAGCCGUGCAGCAAGAGAAGGGUCCCAGGAAAGGGCUGGCGCCUCGGCAGCCUUGGUGCGCCACGUCCCGGAGGAGAGCAGGGGACCAGGAGUGGGAGGGAGCCUCCAGGCCUGCGGGCCCAAUUCCUCCUCCCCCAAGCCCCCCAGAGAGAAAUAAAGGAAAACGAGUGCUUUCCGUGAAGACUGGAGGGGGCCGCCGCCCCCCGGACCCUGGGCUGAGCAGGCGGACGGACAUGGGGGAGAUCAGACGCCUGGAGGAGAGGGAGAAGGAGGCGGCCCAGGGGGGCAGGAGGCAGCCGGGGAAGGCGGCUUGUCUAGUUCAAGGCCCGAAGCACAACGGUCUGGAUCAGAGUCCCAAGGGCAAAGCUGACGACCAGGAACAGCUGUGGCCAGUUGGCGCCAACCCCAGAAGGGGGGCCUCGCCGCCCGGGAAGCUCAGUGACAAGAGCAGGUGGCAGAGAGAGCUGGAGUUUGCCUUCGAAGCGUUGUUUAAUACAAACAGGAAGCUGAAAAGACACCUGAACUUGCACCUGGACCCCAAGCCUGGGACGAACCGGAGCCCCAGUGAAGAGCAGGGCUUCUUGGAGAUGCAGACACCAAGAAGGGAGAGCCAGAGAGAGAAGGACGCAAGAGAUGCCCAGACAGACGUGGUGCCUGCCGGGGAACCCACGAGUCCAGUGGCGCUGGACGCCCACCUGUUGCCAUCCAGAACCAGCCUGGAGAAGUUACUAAGCAAGCUGGAGAGCCAGGAGUACCACAGGAUGGCCAAGGGCCUGAUGAAGAAUGAGAGGAGACUCUGGUCUCCCGGGGCAGGCACGUGUACCGGCGAGAAGACCCUGCUCUCCUGCAGCCCGGAAUCUGGACAGGCGCCCCCGAGACCAGACGUGCUGGCACAGGGCCCCCUGCAGCCUCAGCCGCAAGAACAGGCAGGCAGAGUGAGCUCGAUGGCAUCGAGGCAGGGGCAGGAGAUGCAGACGGGGCAGAGAAGACCAGAGCAGCUGGACUGGCUCGAGCAAAUCCAACACCCCAAGCCAAGCUUGGGGGCCGCCGACCUCCAGACAGAGCUGGAAGACGAGACAGAGCAGAGACCAGCUCGUCUGGUUCACCUGAAGCCUGACUCCCCUGCGGACGGGGAGACAGAAGGAGACUAUGACUGCAGCCCCGUUUCUCCCUCGGCCAGCAUCGUCGAUGGUGACAGCCACAGUCAGGUGAUCCGUGACCUUCAACAGCAAAUUCUAGAGCAAAACAAGUUGCACAAGCAAUUUCUUGAAGAAGCCAGGAAACGCUUGCAAGCGUUCCAGGGACUGUGUUAAAAGCGAGAGUCCUGCCUGUGGUAAAUACAUCACUGAUGCCUGGGUGUUCUGCCGGAACUGAUACCCAAAUCUGUGUGGUUGAAUUGGCGUCGUCUGCUCAGAAACCAGUGGCCUCUUUAAAAGGUCCACCAGGCGUCAUCCUGUCCUUUGGAGGGAGUCCCUUUGCAGGAAUUGUACCU